AGAGAGAGAGAGAGAGAGAGAGAGAGCGCAGCACAGCAGUUUUGAUUGUUUUCAUUUUUUUCUCUAAUGAUCACUCCUCCGUCACUGGUGCUUUUUGAGAAGAGGGAAGGAGCCACAGAUUGCUGGAUCAGUCUUGACUGCCGCUGUGUCAGGAGCAGCCAGUCGUGAGUGCCGGCAACUCCUCUAAACUUGGCCGAUCAGACACCUGUUGAGCAUGCUUUAUGUGUCACGCGCGGCAGCUAUGGGAGUGUGCAGAGUGUCUAUCUGAUCGCCUCUGGGACUUGAGAAGCUGUCGCACAUUGCUGGACCAAAAGGUGGAUUGUACCACAGUUUUGCCUCUUCUGCCUACGCUGGAGAGAUGUCAUCUCUUUAUCAUCGCAACAAGGACCUCUCGCGCACAAGAAAGUCGCUGUCGGACUCGCCCCCCUCCUCCCCCACUGCAACCACACAAAGCUACAGACAUGAAAGGGCUUCAAGGUCAGAUUCCAGUGGUGGGGAGGGAGCCACUGACAGGCUACUUGGCCGGACAACCUCCUACACACGGCGGGAAAACCGCCUCGUAUCUCUAAACAAGGCCGAGGAUGACUCUGGAAACAGAGACUACAAAAAGUUAUAUGAGGAUGCCCUGUCAGAGAAUGACAAGCUGAAAUCCAGGCUUUCAGACAGUAAACAAGAGCUUGUUAAAAUUCGGAAUCAGCUGCAGAAAGUCACACAGAAACAAGACCGGAUAUCAGAGAGGUCUGGUGUGUAUGAAUCUGAAAAAAGAGAAAAACAAGCUCUGGAGAAAAAGGUGUCAGACAUGGAGGAGGAGCUGAAGCAGCCAGCUCGGCCAUUUCGCUGUGGUUACCAGCCUUGAACUCAUCUUUUAUUGGAUCAUUGAGAGAGGGGGUGGACCAUGGUUUUGAAUGAACUGAAAUCAGACAAUCAGCGACUGAAGGAUGAGAAUGGAGCCUUGAUCCGUGUCAUCAGCAAGCUUUCCAAAUGAGAGGACAAACACUGACUGCGCAGAGACCAACUUUAACUCUUUCCUGUAUCUGUAUCACCCAUUUUUUUAUUGACCUCGGACCGCUCAUUUAUUGGAAAUGUUUCACUGGUUGAUAGCUGCUCAGAGGCUAGAAGAUGGAAAAAGAAAAUGGCAGCAAAUGGAAUCACCCAGCAAUCACACAUUGUACUUCAGUGCAGCAGACACACAGGUACAUCCUGGAUAAUCUGACCAUCCACACAAGCAUAUGGUGAAAUGCCAUGUGUCUUUUUUAUCACCAAAAGGUUUACCUACAUCAUGGAGAUUUUGUUGGCAUUUGGAUCAUACCAAUCACAGGUCUAACAGCAUCUCAGGCCUGAAAUGGUAGUAUGUCUGUUUGUGUGUACGUUUGUGUAUUGCACAUCCAGUAUGGCUAUUUGUGUGUGUGUGUGUGUGUGUGUUUGUGUGUGUGUGUGCGCACAUUUGUGUGUAUGUGUUACAUAGUACAUGUCAUAAAGGAUAAUUGUCACCAUUGAUCAUGAAAAAAGGCCUAUCACUUGUCUGUGCAUAUUUAUGUUAGUCAAUAAGCUUUUCAUGUUUACAAUACACACACAAAGAUGUAUUGAAAUCAAAUUAUUGAAACAUAUAUGGGUUGGGGUGGGUGGGGAUUUCACUUGCCACUUUUGAUGAAAUUGUUUAUGAUUAUUUAUGGUGUUUAGUUAGAGUUUGGCUCUAUGUGUACUAUAUGUAAUAUAUUUUCACUGAAAUAUUUAUCUUUCAAAGGUGUUUUAUAUGACAGUUCAACUUUAGAUGAAUGUAAAAGCACAGAAUGUACUGCAUUAUAUGAUCACAAAAGUAUAAUAUUCUAUUUUAGUUUGCAUGGUACUUAAAUGUUAAAGAUAAUUCAGUGGUCAUGGUUGAAUAAAAAAAGAAGAAAGAAUCACAA